AGAUUCAGCCAAUCGUAGAGGGAGGAGGGCAGACAGCUGAAACAGUGGCUGCGUUCAGUGCAGAAGUUGGCUGCCACGUAGUUGGCAUUUUCUGCCAUGUAUUUAUUUUAGGUGCUGUAUUUUAUGGAAUAGCUUUUUUUUUUUUGUACAUUUUUUUUUAUAAAUAAGUGACUCAUUGUCCUUUUUUUUAAAAAAUGAUUAUUUUUUCUAUUUUCUCGGUAUUGUCCUCGUUGUUUGUGUUUGUCACUGGGGGGAAACUUCCCGAGCCAGAAGUGAAAAUUGAAGUUUUGCAUAAACCUUUAAUGUGUUACCGCAAGUCAAAAUAUGGAGACAUGCUUCUUGUUCAUUACGACGGAUUCCUGGAGAGUAAUGGCACCAUUUUUCAUUCCAGCCGCAAAGAUGGGGAUAGAAAUCCAGUAUGGUUCACUCUUGGGAUCAAAGAGGUGCUCAAGGGUUGGGAUAAAGGUCUGCAGAACAUGUGCACAGGAGAGCGCAGAAAACUGACCGUCCCUCCAUCUCUGGCGUAUGGCAAGGAAGGAAAAGGCAAGAUCCCACCAAGCAGUACCCUAAUUUUUGACAUUGAGCUCAUGGACAUCCAGGAUGGCCCCAGGUCACAUGAGUCUUUCCGGCAGAUGGAUCUCAAUGAUGACUGGAAGCUCUCCAGGCAGGAGGUGAAAGAGUACCUGAAGAAAGAAUUUGAGAAACAUGGAUACUCACCUAAUGACACGCAUCAUGAAGUGAUGGUAGAUGACAUCUUCAAAAAUGAAGAUGAAGAUAAAGACGGUUUUAUAUCUGCGAGGGAAUUCACCUACCAACACGAUGAGCUCUAAAGGACGGAUUUCAUCUACUUUUUUUUAAAUUACCUGCAUCUUUGUCAUGAAUUUGGUCCAACAUAUUGCCAUGAAUUGAGGAAUUAGUUACUGGGCGUUUUUUUUUUACACUUCAUUUCAACAGUAUUGUCUUACUUUUGGAUUAACUUAAAUUAGAUCCAAUUCUUCAUGCACUGAUGAUGUCUUUAGGCUACAGUAUUUUAAACAAACCAUUUCAUGAAAUAAAUGUUUUUCAAAUAAACCUAACUAUGUUAAUUAAUGUUUCUUGUCCUUACAAUGUAUGUGCUACAUGUGGCUACGUGUGGUGUGAUGAAAACUAUUGUAUACAGUCAAAUGCUGGAAGAUGGUAGUACUUUUUCUGUGCAUGUCUUCAUUGAUCACUAGAGGGCACUCUUGUUCAAGACUUUUCUACCAUACUUAUAAAUCUUCAUUAAGUCUCAGAGUGGCGACAAUGCACUGUCAAUGACUGUACUGUACUGUUUAUUGUUUAGCUCUCAUAAAAAGGAGAUGUCAUCUGGAGUAUGCAGUAGGUUUAUACAGUGGGAAUUAAGUCAAUUGCGAUGAUGAGUCCAAAUUCUGUCUUAUUCCCUUAAUGGUUUCCAAAAUCUUAAUCAAACAGAGAUGCUGCCUAACAGUGUCUAAAUGCAAAACUGUCAUGUUGAAUCCUGAGGAGGGUAAGAGGGUAAAACCUCCAUCUGACUUCAUCGAGUCACCCUUGUCAUAGCUCUGUGAAUGUACUCAUUGUAUGUCAAACAUCGUUU